UAAACCAGACAACAUUCUCUGACUUUUACAAAGAUUAUUCACUCAUAAGUAACUGCUGGGACUGGCAUCAUCUGUCUGCUCACUCAGGCUGAAGAGCGAGGGAGACUUUUAACUUUUAACUCCAACUUUUUUACUUUGAGAUUAUUUUGCGUCAACUGCGCCGAGGAUGGGAAUGCAUUGCAUCGAUACACAUCUGGAAUUUUACUGAUGCACCUGUUGAUCGUGGAAAACUGUGUUUAAGAAUGAACAAAGUUGCAGUGAUGAAAUCUGACACUCUUCUUCGUUUGGAGGACAAUGGGAGAGUGGAGGAAAGAAGCAGGCUGAACUGUGUAGAAAUACCUCAAACCAGUUUAACAGACGGGCAGAGCACGGACCUGCUGCGAUGCCAGGAGACCACUGAAAACAACACUUCCAUCAAGUACAGAAGAUAUGGGUCUCGACUGGGUGGGGUCAAAGUUCGCCACAAGAGACAGGUGCUUCAAGACAUGGCCCGACCGCUGAAACACUGGCUGUACAAACACCGGGACAACCCCUACCCGACCAAGACCGAGAAAGUCCUGCUGGCUCUGGGUUCACAUAUGACGCUAGUACAGGUUUCAAACUGGUUUGCGAAUGCCAGACGGAGACUGAAGAACACAGUGAGGCAGCCAGACCUGAGCUGGGCCCUGAGGAUCAAACUCUAUAAUAAAUACAUCCAGGGAAAUGCUGAGAGGUUGAGUGUGUGCAGUGACGACACCGACUCAGAUGAUGAGUGUCCUCUUCAAAAUCCAAUCAGCCAAUCAGACUUUGGCAGGUCAUCUUCCCACAAGAGCGUACUUCAGAAACAGGGCAGCGUCCUCGCCAUGGCCGACUCUGCCAACAGUGACGACAGCACGUCACCUCCUUCCAAGUACAAGAGCAGUUUACUGAACCGCUAUCUCAACGACACCCUGCGGCACAUGAUGGCGGCGAAGGCUGAUGGCGUCACCGCGGCCCGCAAGAGGAGGAGCCACUCUGAGUCAUUUAGCUCCAACGAAUGUGAACGCGAUGUUGUCUCCCCGGCGUCGUCCUACGAAACGGAGGCCAACUUUGUCUACCACAUGGACACAAUGGACUAUACUUCAACUAAAUCUGACAGCGAUCAGCAGCAGGACCGAGGCCAGCAGCGUCAGGGUGACCAGGCCUGGAGGGAGAUCCACGCUGCCGUGGCUCUGACCAGCCUGGCCCAGGGGCAGAGCUGCACAGCGGGUCAGAGCGGCAUCGCAGCGCCUGGAACAGCCACAAGCCAAGGCUGCACCCGCGAGCCCCUUACAGUGAUGAGGACCACUAUCAUAGACAGGAUGUGUGUGAAAGGCUCCACCUGUGCCCAGGGGCAGAGCUGCACCGUGGGGCCCACUAUCAUAGACAGGAUGUGUAUGAAAGGCUCCGCCCCUGUCCUGAGGCAGAGCUGCACCAUGGGGCCCACUCUCACCAGCCGCAUCAUACAGAAAUCUUCUCAUAUCUCUGAGGUCCAGACUGUCAAAGUAGCCCUGGCAAACAGUGUGUAGGCAUAAAAUAUGAGCGUCUGGAUUUAGCACGUCAUUCCAUAUGGGAAUAACAGAUGCGAAAGUAACCAAUGCCUUGAAAUGUCUGUAAACCCUAAACUUAUUUUUGAAUGAUGAUUACCUUUGACAGUUUUA